AAUUAAAAAACUCAUUAUUUAUCAAUUUCUGAUUUCCACUUUCUCUCUCUUCUGUGCUUCAAAUCCCUUCAAUGGUGACCAUAGAUUCCUAGAAAACCCACCAAAACAAAGAAAAUCCACCAAAUUAAUCAUAAAACCCAUCAUAAAACAGUACCAAAAUCGCCGAAAAUUGUAACAGAAAGUAGAAAAUAUGUUUAGCCCUAGAUUUAAAUCAGUUGCAGCAAUGGCGGGUUGGGAUGAAGAAGCCCUUAUACUUGCUUCUCUUGUUGUUGAAGAUACUCCUGAAAGAAACUUAAAAAACAAGAAACGAUCUGAUUUAUGCUUCAAUUCUCCACCAACUAGUUCUCGAAGGAAAAGAAGGAGAGCUCGACCCGAUUCGAUUCCGAUUCCCAUUCUUAAUCUUGAUGAGGAUGAAGAUUUUGUUGAUACCAACAAAAAAGCAGAGAAAGGUAAGAGUGAUUCACCAAAGAAAAUUGAAGAAAAAAGCAAAGAGGAAGAGAAGGAAAAGACUGCUUGCUCAAGUUCUUCAACACUUGAUUGUAUGGAUCGUCUUAGAGAUGAACUUUCAUGUGCUAUAUGUUUGGAAAUUUGCUAUGAACCAAGCACUACUCCUUGUGGGCACAGUUUUUGCAAGAAGUGCUUGAAAGCAGCAGCUGAUAAAUGUGGGAAAAAAUGCCCAAAAUGUAGGCAGCUUAUCAGCAAUGGAAGAUCCUGCAAUAUAAACACAGUUCUUUGGAACACUAUACAGCUUUUAUUCCCAAAAGAAGUGGAAUCAAGGAAAGAAGCUGCUGCUGCAUCCUUGAAUAGUAGAACAACCGAUGAUCGAAGGAACACCUCUGAAAGGACGAGUAGUUUGAGUAAUCGAUCUAAUAAUAAUAGCAAUCGGUAUAUGACUAGGAGAUUGAGGCCUUUAAGAUCAGAAGACGCGGGUUUGAGCAGUCGAAGAGGCGUGCCAGAUCAAGAUGAAGAUGCUGCAUUGGCAUUGAGGUUACAAAGAGAAGAGUUCAUGGAGAUUUAUAGAGGGUCUAGCUUGGCCCGAGAUAACUUGAGAGCCAUGGCGCGGAGAGCCAUGAAUCUUGCUAGGAACUACCGUGCUGUUUGAUGAUCUAUGUCUGUCAAGGGUAUAGUUUUUUGUUUGUUAAUCUCAUUAGAGGGCAUUGGAUAAAUUUGGAACGAUAUUCAAUAUUAGUUACUUGUAUCGAUUUGUAGAAAUGAACUUGUGCACUUGUAGAGUGAUUUAUGAUAUUUCAAGGUUGCAUAUAUCUAUUCUACCUAAACUCCGUUCAUGUAAGAACCACUUUAGAGGUGUAAACGCUUAAUAAAAAAAGUGAUUUGAGCAA